AUGAUCCGUGUUCUCGAAAAGCUGUCGCAGCAGCUCGAUGAGCUAUUGCUCCGCCAAACACGCGUAGAGGAAAGGCUGGCUGUUUUGGGGGCGAACGCAGAAUCUAUUGACAAGAAAACAAACACUACCGAGAAGCAGCACGAAGACGUUGAGCAGUCGCAGCCACAGCGCGCGCGCAAACGUGCCUCCAAAGCGCUAUCGACAGUGUGGUUCGAGUGGUUCACUGCUGUACCACGCAUGUACGAAUCAACAACAGUUAGCAAAGCCAUCCUUCACGAGUCACGACACGCAGUUGCAUUCAUGAUGCUCUGCUUACCUUCUGGGUUCAAGCUGGACCCGGCCUCGCCAGCGUACAAGGCGGAGGUCCACGCUGUUGGAAUCGAAGCCGAGAAGAAGACGCUUGAAUACUUGGCUGCACCAGGCUCACAGGCUGUAGCCGUUGGCUCGGUCGUCAAAAGCAUGCGUGCGCUUCACAAAGCAGGCCACCUUUCCGUCCUCCUUGACCAGUUUCGCGAGCGCUACUAUGAAGGCGAAGUCGUCGACCCGACACCCAAUUCCGCCCUUGCGCCAUUCCUGCGCUUCACCUAA